UAACCCUAACUUCAAGAUACGCCACCAGAACCCUACUCGAGGAGCUCGAUGGACGAUCCCGAUGGAGCCCUCAGCUUCGACUUUGAGGGCGGUCUUGACUCUGCCGCUCCUGCCUCCGUCGCUCCGGCGGCGGCCGCUGGACAUCUGACGGCACCAGAUCCUACGGCCGCCGCUGCAAACGCGGGAGUCGCUCCGCCUAUCGGACCGGCCGAUCAGAUCGGUGGCGCAGCUGGAAAUGGGCACGGGAGGCGGAGCUUCCGGCAGACUGUCUGCCGGCACUGGCUCCGUGGCUUGUGUAUGAAGGGAGAGGCGUGUGGAUUCCUGCACCAGUACGACAAGGAGCGGAUGCCGGUAUGCCGCUUCUUCCGCCUUUACGGGGAGUGUCGCGAGCAGGACUGCGUUUACAAGCACACGAAUGAAGACAUCAAGGAGUGUAAUAUGUAUAAACUUGGUUUCUGCCCCAAUGGACCUGAUUGUCGAUACCGACAUUUAAAGAUGCCUGGGCCACCGCCUCCCAUUGAAGAGGUCUUCCAGAAGAUACAACAUCUGAGUUCUUUUGGUUAUGGAUCUUCUUCAAACAGAUUUUAUCAGCACAGGAGCAACAAUUAUAACCAACAGCCAGAUAAGAAUCACUUGUCAUCUGCUAGUGGGUUAGCUAAUGCAACGGUUAAACUGAUUCCACUGGAUUCGUCAGAUGCAAAGGCACCAGAAUCCCUGGUACAACAGCCUCAGCAGCAACAGGAACAGCAGCAGCAGCAACAGCAGCAGCCACCACCUCCGCCCCCAGCAGCAGCAACAGAGAAUCAAGCCCCGGGUACUUCGAAUGGCUUGUCAAAUCAACCUAUUAGAACUGCAUCUCUACUCCCUCAGGGACAAUCUAGGUAUUUUAUUGUCAAAAGUUGCAAUCGAGAAAAUCUGGAAAUAUCUGUUCAGCAGGGUGUUUGGGCAACUCAAAGAAGUAAUGAGGCUAAACUUAAUGAGGCAUUUGAAUCUACAGAAAAUGUUAUUUUGAUAUUUUCAAUCAAUAAAACUCGCCAUUUUCAGGGAUGUGCUAAGAUGACUUCUAGGAUUGGUGGUUAUAUUGGUGGAGGGAAUUGGAAAUAUUCUCAUGGAACCGCACAUUAUGGCCGAAACUUUUCACUUAAAUGGCUAAAGCUAUGUGAAUUGUCCUUCAAUAAAACUCAUCAUCUCAGGAAUCCAUAUAAUGACAACCUCCCGGUGAAGAUUAGUCGGGACUGCCAAGAGCUGGAACCUUUUAUUGGAGACCAGUUGGCCUCGCUGCUUUAUCUGGAGCCUGAUAGUGAACUGAUGGCAAUGCUGGCGGCUGCAGAGUCCAAGCGGGAAGAGGAAAAGGCCAAGGGAGUUGGCAUCGAGGAGGCGAGAGAAAAUCCUGACAUUGUCCUCUUCGAGGACAAUGAGGAGGAGGAAGAGGACGAAAGUGAGGAAGAAGAUGAUAACAGCAACCAAGCUACACAAGGGAGAGGAAGAGGAAGAGGGAUGAUGUGGCAGCCACAGAUUCCAUUUGUACGCGGAGGAAGGCCUAUGCUUGGCGUACGAGGUUUCCCUCCAAUGAUGAUGGGGGCUGAUGGAUUUGGUUUCGGUGAUGGCUUCUCUACACCAGACAUGUAUGGUCCUCGUAUUUUCCCACCAUUUGGAGGCCCUCGGUUUGCUGGUGAUUUUUCAGGAGGCAUGGUCUUCCCUGGCAGACCCCUGCAGCCAGGGGCAGUUUUCCCAAUGGGCAACCUAGGAAUGAUGAUGGGUCCUGGUCGACCACCAUUUAUGGGUGGCAUGCCAAUGGGUGGGAUUGGUCGAGCUAAUCGUCCUGUGGGAGUUCCACCAUUUCUACAUCCUCCUUUGUCGAAUAACCGAGCUGCAAAGAGGGACCACAGGAGACCAGCCAAUGAUAGAUAUGAGAGUGGAUCUGAUCAGGGCAACAGGGGCCAGGAGAUGGUUGGAACUCCCAGUGGAGUAGAUGAUGAUGCAGGGUAUUGGCAAGGUGGCGAUAAGGCUUCUGAUGACAAAUACACUGCAGGGAGAAGUUUCCAAAAUGAUGAGAGCGAGAGUGAGGAUGAGAUGGCACCAAGGCGAUCUAGACAUAGCGAUGGCAAGAGAAAGCAUGGCGGAUCUGAGGGGGAAGCUGCAUUAAACUAGUUCAUUACAUCAGCAUCCACUCAAACAGCAAUGAGUUCCCAAGAUAUUGCUCGAGAGAUUUCAGAGAACAAAGCGAUAAUUUCUCCCUUUUGUUGCAUUUUGUAAUAUUUGUACUACAAAUUCGGAGUUGGUUUAUGAGAAUGUUCGAGUGAAAUAGUACUUACUAAUCACAAGCCCUUCUAGGCGAUUCAAGCCAUUUGUUUCUCCACAUUUAACUCUGUAUAGGAGGAUUGUUGAAAUUUUUAGCUUGUAUAAGCAUUUGAAUCAUUGAAGCUUAUGGUACUGCAA